UCCACCGCGCGAUACAGCUCUCCCCACAGACUGGCUCCCCAAUCCGGCUCUGGCGGAGACUUCUGUUGGACGUCAGGAGAGCCACUAACCGGCGGAGCGUGGUUUGGGCGGGACCAGCCCUGGUGUUGCCAGUCACGUCUGAUAGCCAGACACACGUCUGGGUGGACGGUGGAACCAUGGACGGGGUAGCAGGCUCGCCAUGGUGGUGCAGCGUGUCUAGCAGGUGUCUUUGUCUGGCGCUCUUCUGGGUUGUGUCGGUGACGUCAUUGCCUGUUACAAGUGUCACAUCACCUGGAAUGAACCUAAAAAGUGUGACGUCACCAGUCUUAAGCAGCAAAAACCGAUUGGAUACCUGGUUAUCAGAUGAGAUAUUUUAUGACCUUGAACUAACAAGUGAGCAGCCUCAGGCAGACGACGGCGGACAUGUUGGAAAUACUGUUUGUCCGCCGGUGUCUACAAGUUUACCAGUGGGUUCGUGUGAGUCUAAGAUUUGCCGGUCUGACAAGAACUGCUCCAAAAUUUGCCGGUCUGACAAGAACUGCUCCAAAAUUUGCCGGUCUGACAAAAACUGCUCCAGGGUUUGCCGGUCUGACUGCUACAGCAAGAUGCUGACGUGCUGCAACACCGGUUGUGUCUACACGUGUUUGCCUGACGACAAGCCCGCGCCAUAUUUUGAUUGGAUUAAAGUGCCAAUUAGAAGGUUAGAUAAUGGUCAAUCAUGGUUAGUUCCAGGUCCAAACAAUAUAGUAAACAUUGAGCUGUGUAGUACCACACCCUCCGAGGAUGACUCCGACCCACUAGUCUGUCCACAUGGCCAUCUGUGUAGUAUUGAUGAUGAAGGGAACCCUGAACAGGGAAUACCAAACAAAGGGCAUUGUGUUCUAGUGGAGGAUCCUUCAGCUCAAUCAGUACAACUUACAGCAGACCAACAAAGUCAGAUUCUGCAAACAAAUCACCAAGGUCCAUUAGAAGAUACAGUGCUACAUCAUGCUUGCAAUGUAGGUGAUGGACAGUUACUGAUUUCUGGACAUCAGUUGGUCAUAAAUGGACAUAAUUGCAAAUGUCACGAAACAAAGCUGACUUGCACUACCUAACACUGUAACAGUACUGUUUCAACUGCUGAAAUUAUCAUUGAAAUUUAUCAUAAAUUACUUGUAGAUUGUUUUUAAAAGAUUUUUCUUGUUUGUUGUUUGAAAAUAAAAAGAUUAUGCUUUCAGUACAGCUCUUACAUAUCUUGAUCUACAUCCAGUAAUGUUGUAUCUGAUAUUUUACAUAAAAAUUAUCACAAUGAUUUAUUACGUCACAAAAAACUAUUUUCGAAAGAUGCUGAUUGGUGAAAAAAACAAGUCUUUUAUCAGUUGUCUGCUAGUUGCCAUGCAAUGUAUCACUUUUAAGACCUAUUUUGUUUUAAAUUUUAUUUACCAGCACAAUUUAAGUGAUUUCAUUUCUGGUUUUCCUAUAGGAAAAAAGCUAAUCAUGAACUACCUGCAAUCCAAAAGUUAUAAAUUAUAUCAAUUGAAAAACUUCUGAUGAUUUUUUUCAAACUAGUAUUGCUUAGUAAUGGAAAUAACACUUCAAAAGUGUAUAAUAGGUUAAAAGCUCCCAGUUUUCAUCAAAUUUAAAUUGUUUUAUAUUGUUCAAUACAUAAAUUAAACAUGUAAGUACCAUUGUAAUUGAACUGAGUUGUUUCAAAUGGGACCAGUAAUUAAUUUAAAAAC